AGAUCAGAAAAUGAAACCUACAUGUACAUUAGCCUACUAGACUCUGCAAUACUCUACAUAUAGAAUAUAGAUAUCUAGAUCUAGUGAGUACAUAGAUCUACUAGGUCUAGAUCUAGGACCUAACUAACGAAUAGAUCUACCGUGACAUAGAUCUAGUUCUAGUAGAUUUAGAUUCUAGAAUCUAAGUACCAGCUUAUUUAAGAGUUUAAGUCAAGUGCAAGUUUGGUCAGUUACUGUGGUAACUGUGGUGAUUCACAACGUUUAAGUUUAAAUUAACUUACUACAAUCACGACAAUGGCCUCCAUAACUCUGAUAAAUGGAAUUCAUCAAUCAACUUUAAAUUCUUCUUUAUUAUGCAAGAUGUGCAAGUAUUGUAACAUAAGUCGAGCCUUUUGGAUGUGGUCAUCUUCAAAGUCAGCAGUAGAAAACCGCAGUUCAAAGACAAAGUUACUACAACUUUUAAAUUAUGAAACCUUGAUAAACGAAAGCUCCAAAAGACUUUAUUUAUGUAAACAAACAGAUACAAACAAGAUUUUAAAAAGAGAAAGUUCAUCCUCUUCAAAAAGCAGUAUAUUUAAUGAUGGUGUAAAAGAUGAAGAAGAAUUGUUUAAAAAUGAUGCUGAAAUAAAAUCAAUAUUAGAUGACUUUAAAAAAGAUUUUGAUGUUAAGAACACUGAACAACCAAAAGAUGCAGAUUCAACAGUCAAACCUAAAGCUAGAAAGAGCAAAGUUGAGAAAACACAAGAUUCCCAACUCUUAAAUUUCAGUAAAUUAGAUUCUGAUUCUAAGCCAGUUGAAUUAGAAUCUGAGUUUCAGUAUGACUAUCAGGUGGCAGAAGAUAUAGAGGAAUUUGACUAUAAAGAAGAAAGUGAAAUAGCACAGCAACAAAUUCGACCUAGUAAAGUGCUUCCCAUUAGUCUAGAGCGAGGCAAAACAGGUGUUUUUGAUGUUGAUGAAUUGGUAACAUUUUUAACUCACAUGGGAGCAGAAAAUAUUGUAACUAUUCCAAUUCCAAAGAAAGCUAGUUUUUGUGACAAUAUGGUCAUAGCAUCAGCUAAGUCGAAACGCCAUUUAAAUGCCUUAAAUGAGGAAUUAUUAUGGGUGCACAAAAGAAAAAAGUCACCUAAUGAUCAUCAUCUGGUCAUAGAAGGCUUUAACAAGACCCACUGGUGUGCCAUGGAUAUGGGUAACAUUGUGCUGCACAUCUUCCAUGGAGACGCCAGAGAGUUCUAUGACAUUGAGUCCCUGUGGACACUGGGCCCUGAGAAUGAUCCUAAAUGCAAAGAGCAGGAUCAAGACUCAUACAUUCUCUCUCCAGAGGAUCUGUUUUGGCUGGAGACCUCUAAAACAAAAGAUAACACAGCAGAUGGUAAGAAAAGUGAAACAGCCACCCCACCUGAAGGGAAUGAAUCCCCUGUUUUUAAAUCUUAAUUAGUUAUCUGCUUCUGUCCAAGGUUUUGAUCUUAUGCUACUCUUAUGUACAUUGAAACAUCAAUGUAGACGACUUAAUAUGCUAGCACUUUAUAUAAGAAUUUGAUGGUGGCUAAUCCUUUACUUGAUUAGUUGAUACCUGGAUCUUUCAUAUUUUCAAGAAACUGAUUUUAGGUAAAACAAACGAAAUUAUUAAAAAAUCUUUUUACUUCAUUAAUUAAUGAAUACAGAGCUGAGGAUGGCUCUUGUCUACAGUAAAUAACUGUACAGCAUUAAAUACUUCAGUAAAUAGGUAAUUAAAAUUCUUAGCCAACAAAUUUAUAAUUCAAAAAGAUUCAGUAUCAACAGGAUAGAAAUAGAAUGUAUUUAUCCCAUCUUUUGAUGCUCAUGUAUUGUUAUAAAGAUACUUAUGUCACUAUUUUCAAUGUUAUGAACACAAGGUGUUCUCUGAUUGGCACAUUGUUUUAACUAGCUGAAAAUUAUGAACUGUCUUUUAUACUUUGUCAUCUUCUGAUAAAAACAAAACUGUUGGAAUAAACUGCAUACAA